AUGUCCGAGGAGAACGACAUGGAGAAAGCCAUCAAGCUAAAACGGAAGGUGAGUGGCGUGGAGAUACUUGAUAUGAGUGGGACGGAGGGGGCCCUACUACACUUUCGAUCACCCCCCAAGUGCCGCCAGUAUUUGUUUCCGGAUGAUCUGCUACAGUACUUGGAGAGUUGGACUUUACCCAUCGCUCUCGAAUUGUUUGAAACCAGCCUCCUGGAAACCUGCAGUUAUCUGUGGCCAACCAUGGUCGGGAAGCAGACAACCCUUUUGAAUCAUCAGAAGGAAACCUCCAUUUUAGAGGAAUACAAUAUCAAUUGGACUCAGAAGCUGGGAGCUGGAAUUAGUGGUCCAGUUAGAGUCUGUGUGAAGAAAUCUACUCAAGAACGGUUUGCACUGAAAAUUCUUUUUGAUCGUCCAAAAGCUAGAAAUGAGGUUUACCUCAGCUUAUACUUAUUGGACAAGGUCCCUGAAGAGUGGAGAAUGGUGAAUAGUGUCUUGGCUCGACUCUUAAUUGUAAUGGAGAUGAUGGAAGGGGGAGAGCUAUUUCACAGAAUCAGCCAGCACCGGCACUUUACAGAGAAGCAAGCCAGCCAAGUAACAAAGCAGAUAGCUUUGGCUCUACAGCACUGUCACCUGUUAAACAUUGCUCACAGAGACCUCAAGCCUGAAAAUCUGCUCUUCAAGGAUAACUCUUUGGAUGCCCCAGUGAAGUUGUGUGACUUUGGGUUUGCCAAAAUUGACCAAGGUGACUUGAUGACACCCCAAUUCACCCCUUAUUAUGUAGCACCUCAGGUACUGGAGGCGCAGAGAAGGCAUCAGAAGGAGAAAUCUGGCAUCAUACCUACCUCACCAACACCCUACACUUACAACAAGAGCUGUGACCUGUGGUCCCUAGGGGUGAUUAUCUACGUGAUGUUAUGUGGAUACCCUCCUUUUUACUCCAAACACCACAGCCGGACUAUCCCAAAGGAUAUGCGGAGAAAGAUCAUGACAGGCAGUUUUGAGUUCCCAGAAGAAGAGUGGAGCCAGAUCUCGGAGAUGGCCAAAGAUGUUGUGAGGAAGCUCUUAAAGGUCAAACCAGAGGAAAGACUUACCAUCGAGGGCGUGUUGGACCACCCAUGGCUCAACUCGACAGAGGCCUUGGAUAAUGUGCUACCCUCUGCUCAGCUGAUGAUGGAUAAGGCGGUGGUUGCAGGAAUCCAGCAGGCUCAUGCAGAACAGUUGGCCAACAUGAGAAUCCAGGAUCUGAAAGUCAGCCUCAAACCCCUGCACUCUGUGAACAACCCCAUUCUGAGAAAAAGGAAAUUACUCGGCACCAAGCCAAAGGACGGUGUUUAUAUCCACGACCGUGAAAAUGGAGCCGAGGAUUCAAAUGUUGCCUUGGAAAAGCUCCGAGAUGUGAUUGCUCAGUGUAUUCUCCCCCAGGCUGGAGAGAAUGAAGAUGAAAAGCUGAAUGAAGUAAUGCAGGAGGCUUGGAAGUAUAACCGGGAAUGCAAACUCCUAAGAGAUACUCUGCAAAGCUUCAGUUGGAAUGGUCGUGGAUUCACAGAUAAAGUGGAUCGACUAAAACUGGCAGAAAUUGUGAAGCAAGUGAUAGAAGAACAAACCAUGUCCCAUGAAUCCCAAUAA